AGCACAUCAGAAGCAAAACGGCGCGUAUUCUAUUCUGCAUCCUUCUCCUCCACCACAACAACCUUGCUCGCUACACUCCUCUUUCUCUCAUGUGGAGCGCGAGCAACAAAUCGAGAUCAAUGCCAACGGCACCUCAUCCUCACCACCACCAGACUCGGUGCACUCGCACACACCAGAUCGGAUCCUUACUCAUCUUCGUAGCCACCUUCUUCGUCACCAGGCUCUUCGACCGCUCCUUCGCCCCGUGCACCCUCACCGCCGAUACGGUGCGCGCGUCGCACCAUAACAACUUCAUUGCACUCGAAUCCCAACUCUCCCUCAAGAUCUACGUUUACGAACCCCAAGAAAUCAACGGCUUGAACGAACUCAUGCACGGAAGGGACGGUAAGAUCACAGAAGAAGCUUGCUUGAAAGGCCAGUGGGGCACUCAGGUGAAAAUACACAAGCUACUCUUAAAUUCAAGAUAUCGAACGCGAAAGAAAGAAGAAGCGGAUCUGUUCUUUGUUCCAUCGUAUAUUAAAUGCGCGCGAAUGAUGGGUGGUCUUAACGACAAAGAAAUUAACCAGACCUAUGUUAAAGUCAUUAGCCAAAUGCCAUAUUUUCGCUUAUCUGGAGGCCGCAACCACAUUUUUGUUUUCCCCAGUGGAGCAGGAGCUCAUUUGUUCAAAUCUUGGGCGACGUAUAUAAAUCGCUCCAUUAUUCUUACCCCGGAGGGAGAUCGGACUGAUAAAAGAGAUACGAGUGCCUUUAAUACAUGGAAAGAUAUAAUCAUUCCAGGUAACGUUGAUGACGGUAUGACUAAAGCUGGGGCUACUUUGGUCCAGCCUUUACCUUUGUCAAAGCGGAAGUACUUAGCAAAUUAUUUAGGACGUGCACAAGGAAAAGCUGGCCGAGUUAAGCUAAUAGAGCUUUCAAAACAGUUUCCAGAUAAGUUGGAAUGUCCAGAUUUGAAAUUUAGUGGACCAGACAAGUUGGGAAGGAAAGAUUACUUUGAACACUUGCGCAAUUCCAAGUUUUGCCUCGCUCCACGUGGGGAGUCAUCUUGGACCCUUCGCUUCUACGAGUCUUUUUUUGUGGAAUGUGUUCCAGUUAUAAUAUCCGAUCAAACAGAAUUGCCAUUCCAGAAUGUCAUUGAUUACAGCCAGAUAUCGAUAAAAUGGCCAUCCAGUAGAAUAGGUCCUGAACUUUUGCAGUACCUGGAAUCUAUACCAGAUAAAGAAAUAGAAGCAAUAAUAGCUCGCGGUAGACUAGUUAGGUGCUUAUGGGUCUAUGCUUCAGAUUCAGAACCUUGUUCAGCAAUGCGUGGAAUUUUGUGGGAACUCCAGAGGAAAGUGAGGCAAUUUCACCACUCGGCUGAAACAUUUUGGUUGCAUAAUGGAUCUAUUGUAAAUAGGAACUUAGUUGAAUUUUCCAAAUGGGAACUCCCUAUGCCUUUGCCUUGAUAAGAUGGGAGGUAGGUUUCUUGUAUAAAUCAUUUAUUGGUAUAGCUAUUUUUCCAAUCAUAAUUUGUUACAAGCUUAUAUGAGUUAUUGUUGAUUGUCAUCUAAUAUUAUUACACAAAACAAA